ACGAGAUAGAUGGCGCUACUGUAGCGACGCGAGACUGACCCAAGCUAGCUUGCACUGGGAACAUUACUUCGAGCUCCAUACAUUUUCUUCUGGUUCUCUACGUCUGCAGUUUGGUUGUGUACCAGUUCAAAAAUUAUUUCAAAAUUUUUGCCAUCAGGAAAAAAGUUAAAAUGUCGGACAAGCCGAAGCGUCCUAUGUCAGCAUAUAUGCUUUGGCUAAAUAGCGCAAGAGAACAAAUAAAAGCCGACAAUCCAGGUCUUAAAGUCACCGAAAUAGCUAAAAAAGGAGGUGAAAUAUGGAGGUCAAUGAAAGACAAGAGUGUUUGGGAGGAAAAGGCUGCCAAGGCAAAGGAGCAAUACACAAAAGACCUCGAGUCAUAUAAUGCUAAUGGUGGUGGUGGUGAAGGGGGUGGCAAAAAGGCACAGAAGAGAGGAAAGAAGGGCAAGAAAGCAGCAGCACCAGCCAAGACAAAGAAGAAGAAGGAUGAAUCAGACGAUGAGGAAGGUGCUGAGGAGGAGGAGGAAGAAAGCGAAUGAUCUCCCAACCUAUAGGCAUUUCUGUUCAUAUUGAAUAAUUUACUUGGACUUAAUUUAUUACAAAGUAAAAUGGGACUGACUUUCCAAAGUCUGUAUUGCAUUGUCUUAAUUUUUUAUACAAGUAUUAGAGAUAUUUUUUAAUUCAAAGAAUAAUUAAUGACACACUUUAAUGUAUUUAUAAAAUUUGGAUCGACAUAAUGAAAUUGUUGAUUAUUUGACAGGUGUUGUUUACUACUUAUUUACCUUACUGUAGUAUUGAUUAGUUAAUAGGUUUUAAGAGUGCAGAGUUUGGAAAGUUUCACCACAGGCUAAGGUCUCUAGGUUUCUAAGCCUUUAAAAAAAAAAAAAAUAAUGUUUAAGUGUUAGCAUGUAUACACUGGGGAAUUGUACAGUUAGCCCUCCCUCGUUAAGUUCGCUGUGACUGGUGUACUGGAUGCUCACCUUUGUAAUGUACCUCAAAUGGUUUUAUCAAAACUGUAUGUCUACAACAAACUCUUUUGCCGUAAAGCUGUGCUUUGAUAUGCCAUAAGUAUAAUUUACGCUAAUUUUUAUUUGCCCUACAGACAAGAGUUUUGGUUGAACUAUGUCAAUAUGUAAAAUUAGAGACAAUUUCAUGAAUGAUGUGUCGGCUUAUUGUUAAUUAAACCUACCUCUCAUUGUAAAUUUCAAUGCUUAUAAUGGUACCAAACUCUAAGCUAAGAAUGGACAGUUCGGGACUUAGCCCGCACUGAGCAAUUUAAAUUUAGGAAAUUGAUGUGUAUGUUGUAUUUUUAGUUAGUUAUAGGUAGGUUUUCAAUGUGAUUAGUCUCUGAAAUUUUACAUUUGUGUUAUUUUGUAAAUGAGAAUUAGCAUUCCUCAUGUCAAUACGGAUUUUACAUGUUCAAUAAAGUAAUUUCAUAUAAGAUUCUAUUUUUCAA